CAGACUCUUCUGCAGCAUCUAUAUGGCGCAUAGUUCCGGAUCUAAUGACAACUUUUGUCAUGGAUUCUCUCAGACUUACGAAGAGACUUCUAUGGCUUCAUAUAAUUUUAAUUCUUCAGAGAAUCAGUUUUUGUAUUUUUCGUACCUUCAUGAUGAAGAUAAUGAUGAUGCACAAACUUCACAUAAAAGGGCUCUGAAAGAGGUUUUCCAGCUUCCACCACCCCUGGGCUUAAAAUUCACUGUGCCACCAGAAAUGCUGCAACAAACAAGUUCAUCUCAACUUGCAGCUAACAAGGUUGAGAAAUUGAAGGCUGUGCAAUUUCCAAUGAGUAUGCUCAAGAUCGGGUACUUUAAGAUUGAGGCUAAAUAUCCAUAUGAGUUGGUAGCUAAGUGUUAUUAUGCAAGACAAAAGUUAAUGUGGGAGAUAUUACAUGAUGGCUUGAAGUACAAAAUUGAAAUACAAUGCCAGAAUAUAUCUGCCAUUCGAGCUGUUAUCGACGAAAACUCACCGGGAAUUCUUGAAAUUGAGCUAGACAAAGUACCAUCGUUCUUUCGCGAGAUUGAGCCAAAGCCUAAAAAACACACUAUGUGGACUAUAUCUCAUGACUUCACCGAUGGUCAAGCUUCACAAUACCGGAGGCAUUAUCUUCAAUUUCCUCCCGGAGUUCUUGACGAACACUAUAUGAAGCUAUUGCAAAGCGAUAAUCGAUUGUUAGAAUUGAGCCAAAGAACUUUUCCUAGUUCACACUCUGCUUAUUUUAAUUCGUAUUUAGAUCAAGGAACGACACAAUUUUCUAUCGGUCAUGAUCUACAUACCAUAGUUUACCCCUACUUUUAGACUCUGAACAUGUCAGCAAAUUUCUCCAUGCUUCUUAUUUCUCAAAGAAAAAAUAUGUUUU